AUGUCGGGACUUGAUGUAUUGGACGGAACUAGAUAUACACCCCCGUUAUAUUUAUUAUCUCCUGUAGACUGUAUAAUACCUCACAAAAUUGAAGCACAGUACUACUUAUGUGAUCGCCACAAACAGGUGGAGUUGAAAACUCUCUUGAUGUCCGACUCAUCCUCCAACGACCGAGACGCGUCAGUAUUGGGAAAACGCGGUCGUAACCAUCCCCUCUCCAACCCAAAUGAUAUAAACGAAGCCGACGAACCUGCCUCAAAAAAGCCAACAGUGGAGGAAGAAGACUCGGACGACGACGAUGUCGGCCCAAUGCCCAUGCUAGCGGGGGCACCUGCAGCUAAAAAGAAGCGUAAAGUGCUUCCCCAUGAACGCCUAUAUCUCGAACACCUCCCCUGCACUGACCAGUACUUCAAGUCCUUCAUGCACCGCGACACGAUAAAUUUCAACAUCAUGACGAAAACCGAAUUUCUGAUUACGACGUCCAUCGAUGGUCAUGUCAAGCUGUGGAAGAAACAAGAGGAAGGGAUCGAAUUCGUCAAGCUGUACCGGGCGCAUGUAACACCUAUUGUCGCAGUUUCUGCGAGCGCAGAUGGCCAACUGUUUGCGACAGUGUCGGAGGAUAUGACGGCGAAGGUAUUCGACGUGGUCAACUUCGACAUGAUCAACAUCAUAAAACUCGGGUUCAAGCCGCACUCCUGCUGUUGGGUGCAUAAACGCGGUCAAGUGCAAGGUUUGCUCGCUGUUGCAGAUUCUUCGUCGGGCGUGAUUCGGUUAUAUGACGCUCGGGGAGGAGAUAAGCCUUUGGAGACAGUGGAAAGCGUGCAUCGGUUCCCUGUACACGUAAUGACGUACAGCGACAAAUACGACACCGUCAUCUCUGCCGACGAGGGAGGGUUCAUCGAGUACUGGCAACCCUCGGAACCGUUUGGCCUACCCAAAAAUGUUCUAAAGCUCUGGAAGUUCAAGAGUGAGACAGACUUAUACGAGUUCAAAAAGUCCCAGUCUACCCCCACGUGCAUGACAUUAUCUCCUGACAAUUCCUCAUUUGUCACUUUCUCGUUUCCUGACCGCCAAAUACGCGUAUUUUCGUUCCUAAAGGGCAAGUUGUCGCGCAAGUACGACGAAUCACUUGAGGCCAUUCAGGAGAUGCAGCAAGCCGGCACGGCAGUGUACCGGGUGGAAGACAUGGAGUUCGGAAGAAGGCUGGCGGUUGAGAGGGAGCUUGAGCUGCCUGGGCCUGAUGGUGUCGUCCCUGGCCGCUGGAGUAAUGCAGUCUGGGACGAGAGUGGUGCUUUCGUGAUAUAUCCUUCGUUGUUGGGCGUUAAAGUGGUUAACGUCGUCACAAACCGGGUGGUCAGACUGCUGGGCAAAGACGAGGUCGUGCGGUUCUUGAACUUGACAUUGUACCAAGGGUCUCCGACGAAGAAAUCCAUUACGACUAUCACAAUGGCCGCAUCAGCAAACCCUAUUCUAGCGGAUAAGGGUCAGCGCGAUCCAACUCUUGUAUGCACUGGCUAUAAGAGAUCCAGGUUUUACAUGUUCACUCGUUCAGAACCAGGAGAUAACAAAUCAGACGACCGAGAUGUCUUCAACGAGCGACCCACACGCGAAGAGCAGACCGUCGCCUCAUCCACAAUGAGCCAACGCACCGGGCCCUCUCCCCUCGCCAACUCAGCCACGAUACACACGACGCUGGGCGACAUUCACAUGCGGCUUUUCCCGCAACAAGCGCCCAAGGCCGUUGAGAACUUUGUCGGCCAUGCACGCAGCGGGUACUUCGAGGGCAUCAUUUUCCACCGUGUGAUCCCCAAGUUCAUGAUCCAGACGGGAGAUCCUCUGGGUGAUGGCACGGGAGGGGAGUCGAUUUGGGGCAGGGAGUUCGAGGAUGAGUUUUCUGAUGAUCUGAAGCAUGAUCGCCCAUAUACUGUCAGUAUGGCGAACGCCGGCGCAGGAACGAAUGGCUCUCAGUUCUUCAUCACGACCAAUGCGACUCCCUGGCUCGACAAGAAACACACUAUCUUUGGGCGUGUCCUUUCGGGUCUGGAGGUUGUCCAUACCAUCGAAAAUGUGAAGACGAACAAGGCCGACAAGCCGCUUGAAGACAUCAAGAUUGUCAACGUCGAUGUAGAGUAG